AGGACAAGCAGAACACAUCUACAAGCCAAAAUGGUCAAAUGGUCAGAAUUCGAGCUCGCCACCAUCCAGGACAUCUUCUCUAAGAUAGACAAGGAUGUCGUGGGCCCUGCAGCUCUUUCCAGGUGUCUGAUUGUCUACCCCUGGACUCAGAGGUACUUUGGUGGCUUUGGAAACCUCUACAAUGCUGCUGCUAUUACAUCAAAUCCAAAGGUUGCAGCUCACGGAAAGGUUGUCCUCUCCGGUCUGGAAAGAGCUCUGAAGGACAUGGACAACAUCAAGCAGAUUUAUGCAGAACUCAGCGUGCUGCACUCAGAGAAGCUGCAAGUGGACCCUGACAAUUUCAAUCUCCUGGCCGACUGCUUGACCAUCGUGAUUGCUGGUCAGCUGGGUACAGACUUCACUCCUGAGGUCCAGGCAGCUUUCCAGAAGUUCGUGUCAGUGGUGGUGGCCGCCCUGAGAAAGCAGUACCACUAAACACGUCCGCAGACGACCGUCACAUGUUGUGCUUCUGUAUACCUCACCAAAAUAUUUAAUAUUAAUAAAACU